GAGCAUCGGACACCUCAGACAGACGGUGGCCCGGGAUCAGAGAGCGUCUUGGGCGAGCCGAAACGCGCCCGCAGCCCACCAUGGCCCGGCUGCUCCGGGCAUCCUGCCUUCUCUCCCUGCUCCUGGCUGGCUUCGUCCCGUCCAGCUGGGGGCAGGAGAAGUCGAAGACGGACUGCUAUGCUGGCGUGAGUGGCACCAUCUAUGACUAUGGCGCCCUCACCCUCAAUGGGGAGGAGUACAUCCCCUUCAAGCAGUAUGCUGGCAAAUACGUCCUGUUUGUCAACGUGGCCAGCUACUGAGGCCUGACGAGCCAGUACAUUGAACUGAAUGCACUACAGGAAGAGCUUGAACCAUUCGGCCUGGUCAUUCUGGGCUUCCCCUGCAACCAAUUCGGAAAACAGGAGCCAGGAGAGAACUCGGAGAUCCUACCUACCCUCAAGUAUGUCCGACCAGGUGGAGGCUUCGUCCCCAAUUUCCAACUCUUUGAGAAAGGAGAUGUGAACGGGGAGAAAGAGCAGAAGGUCUACACGUUCCUGAAGAACUCCUGUCCUCCCACCACGGAGCUCCUGGGCUCACCUAGCCGCCUCUUCUGGGAUCCCAUGAAGAUCCAUGACAUCCGCUGGAACUUUGAGAAGUUCCUGGUGGGGCCAGACGGUGUACCCAUCAUGCGCUGGUACCACCGGACCACGGUCAGCAACAUCAAGAUGGACAUCCUGUCCUACAUGAAGCGGCAGGCAGCCCUGGGAGUCUCGCGGAAGUAACUGAGGCCUGCCCCCCCGCCCUGCCAUGUCCAUCAUGCAGGGCUGCGGAGGGACAGUUCAGGAAGGAACCCAUUUCUCCAGCCACACCACACUCCCACCACACACCCCCCCAUUACACAAACGUGUGCCUAGUUGUGUGGGGAUGCACGUGUGUGUGCAGCCACGUGUCUCCCUGUAGGAGUGUGCACCAAUACGUGUGCCCACAGCUUUGUACCGUGGAGAGUACUAGAGAAUAACACCCCUUUCUCUCCAGUUCUCUGCUCCAAUGACAACAAUUCACUUUCAGCUGAGCCCAAAGGAAAAAACCAGCGCUAGAUCCAACCCUUCUGCUGUACCUAGACCUCAGCGUUGGGGUCAGCAUCUGCCACUGCCUCCAAAUACCACCACUGAAGUGCCCAGAAGUUUCUGGGUUCGCCACACUGCCCGACCUCUCUCCUCUCCAUCAUACAGCUCUUUCCUUCCUGAAGGGCCCUCCCAGCCCCCUACCCCACCCCACAGUGCUCCCUGAGCAGCCAAGGCAGAUGUGAGAGCAAGGGCCACGUUCCCCAUGUCAGGGGUGGCUUCUCCAUGAAGGAGGGGCCCGAAGCCCUUGUGGGCGGACCUCCCCUGAGCCUGUCGGAAGGGCCAGCCCUUAGUGCAUUCAGGCUGAGGCCCCCGGGCAGGGAUGCCACCCCCACUACUUCGGAGAAUGUGCCCUCACUGCUCACCCUGGCCCAUUGGCAUUAGACUCACCCCUGUCUGCCCAAUAAAGGCCUUUCUGCAGCA